AUGUCUCGCGAAGGGUUCCAGAUCCCCACUAAUCUCGACGCGGCUGCGGCCGGUACUGCCGCUGCCAGAACCGCAACGCUAAAGUACAUUUGCGCUGAGUGCUCUAGCAAGCUGUCACUGUCGCGUACCGACCCUGUGCGUUGCAAGGAUUGCGGUCACCGGAUCCUGCUCAAGGCGCGUACCAAGCGUAUGGUGCAGUUCGAGGCACGCUGA